UUGCGUCACGUCAACUUCCGCUUUCGUUUCGUGUGCAGACUGCUAGCAAACUAUUGAACCUGCUGAAGUUUUGCCAUGGUUUACAAAUAAGACGUUGGAGUUGUUUUAGGUGAACAAACUCCCAAAAAACAUAGCAUAUACUGGGCGUUGUCCCUAUAAUUCAAGUCAAGUCUUUGAAAGACUGAGGAUGGUGGCGAACAUGUCGAACAUUACAGCGGUUUGUUACCCAGAGGACGGAGAUCAAGACGCCCCUUCGCCGGGAAACAAAGAUAAUCUCACAGAAAGUGACAACAGCAGCUCAGAAACCGAGACAACCAGCGAGGACAGUUCUGACGAACAGGCGGAUGGAGAGGACGAUAAAGGUGGCAAUACGGAUACAAAAGAUGAAGCAAAAGAAGGAGAAGGAAACAAAGAAGCUGUAGAGUCUCAAAACGUUGCAGAGGCUGGCGUCGCUUCUCCAGAUCAUUUAAAUGGGAAAGCAGCAGAGAAGAACACCCACGUAUGCUGUGAAAAAUGCAAAGACAUACAACAGACUCAUGGCAGUGAAUUGGUUACACCCAAGAUAAUCAAAGGAAAAUAUCAAGUGCAGCUGGAAGGAGAAGGGACAUUUGAGUGUUCGGUCACCAGGCUGGUGUUUGAAGCAUCUGAGCGAGUUCUUGUACGAUACUCCAUCGUGUCCUGGUCCAAGUAUGGCUCGUACCUUAAGGAGUCCUGGAAACUGGCUGGACCUAUCUUUGACGUGGAGACGGACAAGGACGCGUCCGUCCUGAAGUCGAUCCAGUUUCCUCACUCCAUCUGCCUGGCCGAUGCAGAAAAUGGGAUGACCUUCGGCAUGCUGCACGUCAAGAACAAGCGUCCGUUCAUAGAACCUGCGGCAGAUCACACAGGCAGCCAUAUUAAGUGGCACGUGACGUCUCUGUCACCCGUCGGGCCUAUGGUCAAGACAAACAAGCCCGUGGAGCACCACGGGGUGGUUCUGAUCUACAAACAGCUUGCUAAUGACGACAACAAAUACAGCUUCCACAUCUACUUGGCCACCAACAGCUCUGAAAUCAAGGACAUACACAAGCAAGUGGGAAAAUACAAAAAACGUUACAUCCAGAUAGAAAAACCUCCCACUUGUAAGCUGACAGAAGGAACGUAUCGCCUCCUCAGUGAGCCCGAAGGGGCCAUUGAACCUCAGGUUUUGGAGUUCACCCUGACAAUGACCAAGAUGAAAGGUUUUUUCGAGGUUUUCUUUGAAAAUCCCCCGCCUUUCCAGUUGUCUCUCAAAAAUAGCACAGACAAGACAGUGUGGUCAACAACUAUCCGAGAAGGUGACUGUGUGGGCAAGCCUGAGAAAAAAUCAAGGAAAAGGAAAAACAGCAGACGGAGUAGCAACCCCUCAGAAGAUGAAGCAGACUAUAAAAAAUACAAAUUAAAGGCCGACUCAGACCACGAGAAAGUUCCCGCUCCGAUCAACCAGGACCUGUCGGAGAAGCAGCUGCUGCAGGUGGCCAAACGUCUGGGCAAGGAGUGGAAACAGGCGGCCAUCUUUCUGGGCCUAAUCAGCCGAGAGCUGGAUGACAUCCAGGCGGCCGAGAAGGACGUGACCAUGCAGAAGCUGAAAAUGCUGGUGGAGUGGAAGACCAAAAAGGGGCCGGGGAAGGCCACCGCCUUGCAGCUGCUCAAGUGCUUGGAGGAGCUGGACGACUUACCUGUUGAUGUCCAUCAAAUCCUCAAUGACAUGAUCUACGAAGAAGACAAGGGACCAUCUUAAAUACUUUUUAGGUCUACUUUAAUAACUGACAUCCAGGAGAGGAAAGUGCUCACCUUCAUCGUGAAGGAAUUUUUUUCUUAGUUCCUCUUUUAUUGGACUAUCUCUGAACACCCCAAUCAGUAGGAUUGUUUUUCUACUGUAAGAAUUAUUCAGAGUUGUAUACGGACAGACACUAACCAGUAUCAAACAUUGAGCAUUAUACCAAAAAUAACUUUUAAUAUUUAAUGUGGCACAUCUGCCUUGUAGUGUGGACAGAUCUCGGUUGGAGCAUCUCUGCGUGGAGUUUGCUUCUCCGAAUGGACUAAAUCGUCAGUAGGUGUGAAUCUUUGUCUACUUGUGUCCUGUGGUGGACAUGCGACCAGUAUAUACCCCGCCUGUCCCCUGAAAGUCGGCUAAGAUAAGCUCUAGCUCAGGGGGGGUCCAAACUGCAGGCUGCAGAAAUGUUUUUUAACAGCCCGCUGCACAUUGUAAACAUACUAUUACAAAAACACAAAGCGGAAUAAUAGCACGGGUAAAGUGUAAAGUAAAAGAAAAAAGUUGAAAUGUUGACACUAAAAACUAGGGAUGCAA